GAGGAUCGCAGAGCAAAACAUAGACCGUUAGAGCCAACAUGGAGGACAGAGGGGCGCAGUUUCAUAACAGCGUCAAUAAGUCUCUGUAAACGUCUUUAUAACAGCGGUUGAAUCGCAGCUGGGUUUGGGAUGGAAAGCUGGGUCCCAGAGGUACCGGGAGCAGCGGGCGGUUCGGAAGAAGUCCAGGAGGACCGGUUUCGUUUAUCGGUCCUCGGCGAGGGGGUGAGGCUGGGCUGCGGUGCGUCUGAAGCCGACCCGGCUCUGAGUUACCUCCGCCUGCUGUGGGACCCGAACCAGGCCGGUGCCGACCCAGCGGCGGGGAACCCGAGCCGAGCGGAGCCGAACCGGGUGGGGAAGAUCGGGGUGAGCCGAGUCAAGAGACACGUCAGAGCGCAUCGAGCCGCCGGACCGAUUGGGAAAGAAGCGUACGCCGUGAAGAGAUUGCGUGAGGCAGCGAAUGGAAACGACGUGGAAACAGUGGAGAGGUUGCUGAGGGGUCACACUGACGCCUGCUCCGCGGAUGAUAAGGGCCGCACGGCGCUCCACUUUGCAUCCUGCAACGGGAACGAGCAGAUUGUUGCUCGCUUCUCUCACGGUGCCGACCCAAACCAGAGGGAUGGACUUGGAAACACGGCACUGCACUUAGCUGCCUGCACCAACCAUGUCCCCGUGAUCACAGCCCUGCUGAGAGGAGGCGCUCGUGUGGACGCCCUGGACCGCGCUGGAAGGACCCCUCUGCACCUGGCCAAAUCCAAACUGAACAUCCUGCUGGAGGGCCAAUCACAGAGCCUGGAGGCGCUGCGGAGCGAAGUGAGACAGAUUAUUCAGAUGCUCAGGGAGUAUCUGUCUCGGCUCGGUUGCUCUGAUGAGAGAGAGAGGCUGGAUCAGCUGAGCAGCCGCCUGCACAGAACCAGAACCAAGGAGCAGGUUGACGAGGUGACAGAUCUGCUGGCCAGCUUCACUUCACUCAGCCUGCAGAUGCACAGCCUGGGGGAGCGGUAGAGAGAGAAGAGAAGAGAGGAACAGACUGCACAGCUCCUCUCUCACGGAUCAGCAGAGACUCUAAUCACCAGCAUAGACAGACAGACAGACAGACAGACAGACAGACUCUCAUUUCAAACUCUACCAGCUGCUGCUGGCCUGUCUGUCUGUGCAGCCGGCGAGACAGUUUCUUCCACAGUAACCUCAGCAGCACAGCGGAGAGAGUCUGAGCAGCGAACUGCAGCAGCACGGGUUCAAGCACAGGGUCCUGCGUGAGUGAGUGUGUGUGUGUGUGUGAGAGAGAGAGGGAGUCUGUGUGUGUGAGUCUGUGUGUGUGUGUGUGUGUGUGUGUGUGUGUGUGUGUGUGUGUGUGUGUGUGUGAGAGAGAGAGGGAGUGUGUGUGUGUGUGUGUGUGUGUGAGAGAGGGAGUCUGUGUGUGUGAGAGAGAGGGAGUGUGUGAGAGAGAGUGUCUGUGUGUGUGUGUGUGUGUGUGAGAGAGAGAGUGUCUGUGUGUGUGUGUGUGUGUGUGUGUGUGUGUGAGAGAGAGAGAGUGUGUGUGUGUGUGUGUGUGAGAGAGUCUGUGUGUGUGUGUGUCUGUGUGAGAGGUUACACACCCCAGUAGUUUUCUCUGUGUCUUCGUUGCGUCGUUUUCGACACACAUCGUCUCUAAAACCGGAGACCGGUUUGUACAGCAACACGACUGGAGAAACUUAACAAAAAAAAAAAAAAAAAAAUCCUACAAUAAACAAACUACAAACAAGAGCAGCAGCAGCGACGACGACGCGGGUCUCCGUGCGCCUCUCCAGAGAGCUGAGGGUUGUGUUGUUUUGUUUCGAUGGUGUGUUUUUUUACUUUUUAAAGUUUUGUACGUGUUUGUUUGCUUUGUUUUUUUUAAAUGUAAAUAAGUUGUGUUGUUGUUAAAAAAAAAAUGAUAACAGUAAUAAUAAUAAUAAAUAAGUAUGAAAUCGUG